AUGAUGCAGGUUUAUGAGAAGUACGGCCUGCAGCCUGACACUAUCGACUUCUUUGGUCAUGCUGUUGCUCUCUACCCUGAUGAUAGUUAUCUCUUUAAACCAUGCGGGCCUACCAUUCAAAAGAUGAAACUAUACUUGGACUCCAUCACAAGAUAUGGACAGAGUCCAUUCAUUUACCCCAUCUAUGGUCUUGGUGGUAUACCCGAAGGCUUCAGUCGUCUAAGUGCAAUUCAUGGUGGAACCUAUAUGCUCAAUAAGCCUGUUGACGGCUUCGAGUUCGAUGCAGAUGGUAAAGUAUGUGGAGUUAAGUCAGAAGGAGAGGUUGCCCAUGCUCCUCUUGUCAUAUGUGAUCCUUCCUACGUUAAGGAUACCCUACCACAGAAGGUUAGGUCUACUGGUCGUACCAUCAGAUGCAUCUGUAUCCUCGGCCACACUAUACCCAAUACGAAUGAUGCCACAUCCUGUCAGAUUAUCAUACCACAGAAACAGCUCAAUCGACGGUCCGAUGUCUACGUCAUGAUGGUUUCCUGGGCUCACAACAUAGCCUUCAAAGGAAAAUAUGUUGCACUGGUGUCUACGACCGUCGAGACCAAUGAUCCUGAAAGAGAAAUCAUGCCGGCCCUGCAGCUCCUCGGUAAAAUUGAGAACAAGUUUGUUACCAUUUCUGAGAAUUAUGAGCCUACUGACGAUGGCAAGGUUGAUCAACUAUUCGUGUCGAAGUCAUACGAUGCUACAAGCCACUUUGAAUCGGCUACUCAGGAUGUUCUCAAUACGUGGAAUAGGAUUAUGGGUGAACCUUUGGACCUUACACUCCAGCCUGAUGAUACUGCAGACGAGGAAUAA